CGGAGCCCCCCACUGGGGCGAGAUGCUGAACGGCUCCGGCCUGGACAAAGCUCUUAAGAUGUCCCUGCCCCGCAGGUCGAGGAUCGGCUCCUCAGUGGGACCUGUUCGUUCUUCUUCAGGCUACAAGAAGGCAGAUGAUGAGAUGUCCCGGGCCACGUCUGUUGGAGACCAGCUGGAGGCACCAGCCCGCACCAUUUACCUCAACCAAACGCAUCUCAACAAAUUCCGUGACAACCAUAUCAGUACGGCCAAGUACAGUGUGUUGACAUUUCUACCUCGAUUCUUAUAUGAGCAGAUUAGAAGAGCUGCUAAUGCCUUCUUCCUCUUCAUUGCCUUAUUACAGCAAAUUCCAGAUGUAUCUCCAACAGGAAGAUAUACCACCCUGGUGCCAUUGAUCAUUAUUUUAACAAUCGCAGGCAUCAAAGAGAUUGUAGAAGAUUUUAAGCGACAUAAGGCAGAUAAUGCCGUUAACAAAAAGAAAACGAUAGUGUUAAGAAAUGGUAUGUGGCAGACCAUAAUGUGGAAAGAGGUGACGGUGGGGGACAUUGUGAAGGUCAUCAAUGGACAGUAUCUUCCAGCAGACAUGGUCCUGCUCUCCUCCAGUGAACCUCAGGCAAUGUGCUAUGUCGAAACGGCUAAUCUAGAUGGGGAGACGAACCUUAAAAUACGGCAGGGCUUGAGUCACACUGCUGAAAUGCAAACAAGGGAAGUGCUGAUGAAGUUAUCUGGAACUAUAGCAUGCGAAGGGCCCAAUCGUCAUCUCUACGACUUCACGGGAAACUUGAACUUAGAUGGGAAAAGCCCUGUUUCCCUUGGGCCUGACCAGAUCUUAUUAAGAGGUACACAGCUUAGGAAUACUCAGUGGGUCUUUGGCAUAGUUGUUUAUACUGGACACGACACCAAACUCAUGCAGAAUUCCACCAAAGCACCUCUCAAGAGAUCGAAUGUGGAGAAAGUGACCAAUGUGCAGAUCCUGGUGUUGUUUGGCAUCCUCUUGGUCAUGGCCUUAGUCAGCUCAGUGGGGGCCUGGUACUGGAAUGGGUCUCAAGGUGGAAAGAACUGGUAUAUCAAGAAGAUGGAUACAAGCUCAGAUAAUUUUGGAUAUAACUUGUUGACAUUCAUCAUCUUGUACAACAAUCUCAUUCCCAUCAGUCUGUUGGUAACUCUUGAGGUUGUAAAAUAUACUCAAGCCCUUUUUAUAAACUGGGACACAGAUAUGUAUUAUCUAGGAAAUGACACUCCUGCAAUGGCCAGGACAUCAAACCUUAAUGAAGAACUUGGGCAGGUAAAAUACUUAUUUUCUGACAAAACUGGAACUCUUACAUGCAAUAUCAUGAACUUCAAGAAGUGUAGUAUUGCUGGAGUAACCUAUGGUCAUUUUCCAGAACUAGCAAGAGAGCCAUCCUCCGAUGAUUUCUGCCGAUUAUCAACCCCCCCAAGUGAUUCAUGUGAUUUUGAUGAUCCCAGGCUCUUGAAGAACAUUGAGGAUCAUCAUCCUACAGCUCCUUGCAUCCAGGAAUUCCUCACCCUUCUGGCUGUGUGCCAUACUGUUGUUCCUGAGAAGGAUGGAGACAACAUCAUCUACCAGGCCUCGUCCCCAGAUGAAGCUGCUUUGGUGAAAGGAGCUAAAAAGCUGGGCUUUGUCUUCACGGGCAGAACACCGUACUCAGUCAUCAUAGAAGCGAUGGGACAGGAACAGACAUUUGAAAUCCUGAAUGUCCUGGAGUUUUCUAGUGACAGAAAAAGGAUGUCUGUAAUCGUUCGAACUCCUUCAGGGCAACUUCGACUCUAUUGUAAAGGGGCUGAUAAUGUCAUUUUUGAGAGACUUUCAAAAGAUUCAAAGUACAUGGAGGAAACAUUAUGCCAUCUGGAGUAUUUUGCCACAGAAGGCUUGAGGACUCUGUGUUUGGCUUAUGCUGACCUCUCUGAGAAUGAGUAUGAAGAGUGGCUGAAAGUCUAUCAAGAAGCCAGCACCAUAUUGAAAGACAGAGCUCAGCGGUUGGAAGAGUGUUAUGAGAUCAUUGAGAAGGAUUUACUGUUACUUGGAGCCACAGCCAUAGAAGAUCGCCUUCAGGCAGGAGUCCCAGAAACCAUAGCAACUCUACUGAAGGCAGAAAUUAAAAUCUGGGUGUUGACAGGUGACAAGCAAGAAACUGCAAUUAAUAUAGGAUAUUCAUGUCGGUUGGUAUCCCAGAAUAUGGCCCUUAUUCUUUUGAAGGAGGAUUCUUUGGAUGCAACAAGGGAAGCCAUUACGCAGCACUGCACUGACCUUGGGAAUUUGUUGGGCAAGGAGAAUGACGUGGCCCUCAUCAUUGAUGGCCACACUCUGAAAUAUGCCCUGUCCUUUGAAGUCAGGAGAAGCUUCCUGGAUUUGGCGCUCUCGUGCAAAGCUGUCAUAUGCUGCAGAGUGUCUCCUCUACAGAAGUCUGAGAUAGUGGAUGUGGUUAAGAAGCGGGUAAAGGCCAUCACCCUUGCCAUCGGGGAUGGUGCCAAUGAUGUUGGAAUGAUUCAGACAGCCCAUGUGGGUGUGGGAAUCAGUGGGAAUGAAGGCAUGCAAGCGACCAACAACUCGGACUAUGCCAUUGCACAGUUUUCAUACUUAGAAAAACUACUGUUGGUUCAUGGUGCCUGGAGCUACAAUCGGGUGACCAAGUGCAUUUUGUACUGUUUCUACAAGAAUGUGGUCCUCUACAUUAUUGAGCUUUGGUUCGCCUUUGUUAAUGGAUUUUCUGGGCAGAUUUUAUUUGAACGUUGGUGCAUCGGCUUGUACAAUGUGAUUUUCACAGCAUUACCGCCCUUCACUCUGGGAAUCUUCGAGAGAUCUUGUACUCAGGAGAGCAUGCUCAGGUUUCCCCAACUCUACAAAAUUACACAGAAUGCUGAAGGCUUCAAUACAAAGGUUUUCUGGGGUCACUGCAUCAACGCCUUGGUCCACUCCCUCAUCCUCUUCUGGUUUCCCAUGAAAGCGCUGGAGCAUGAUACUGUGUUAUCCAAUGGUCAUGCCACAGACUAUUUAUUUGUUGGAAAUAUUGUUUACACGUAUGUUGUUGUGACUGUUUGUCUCAAGGCUGGUUUAGAGACUACAGCUUGGACUAAAUUCAGUCACCUGGCUGUCUGGGGAAGCAUGCUGAUCUGGCUGGUGUUCUUUGGCGUCUACUCCACCAUCUGGCCCACCAUCCCCAUUGCUCCAGAUAUGAAAGGACAGGCAACCAUGGUCCUGAGCUCUGCACACUUCUGGCUGGGAUUAUUUCUGGUUCCCACUGCAUGUUUGAUAGAAGAGGUGGCCUGGAGAGCGGCCAAGCAUACCUGUAAAAAAACGUUACUGGAGGAGGUACAAGAACUGGAAACUAAGUCCAGAGUGAUGGGGAAGGCGAUGCUUCGGGAGAGCAAUGGAAAGAGGAUGAACGAGCGUGACCGCCUGUUAAAGCGGCUCAGCAGGAAGACGCCGCCCACGCUCUUCCGGGGCAGCUCUCUCCAGCAGAGUGUCCCCCAUGGAUAUGCCUUCUCUCAAGAAGAGCAUGGAGCUGUUACUCAGGAAGAAAUAGUCCGUGCUUAUGACACUACCAAAAAGAAGUCGAGGAAGAAAUAAGACAUGAGUUUUCCUGAUUGAUUCUAGGAAAGAUGCGGUUUGUUGCACCCAGUGUUAACACAUCUUAGAAGAGACGAGUGUUCGGCAGCCAAAACACCGGAAAACACAUUUCUGUGGCCUUAGCCAACCAGUUUGUUAGUUAUAUAUUCCCUCCUAAACCUGGAGUCUAUACCGCAGGGGAAGCCAUUUUUUUUCCCCCUUCCAAUUUGUCUGCAGUGCUUGGCCUAAUUUUUGUUUAUGUUGUUACGAAGCAUUCAACUGUGCUCUCUGAGGUGUGAAAUUAAAAACAUUAUGUUCCACCAAUAUUUAAACAUCAGUACUAGUUGUUCUGGGAGAAAAGUAAAAGGGUUUUAUGUUGCGUGAGAAACCUAUCUUGUGGAAUUGUAGUGGGCACACACUGACUUCCUGUUUUGUUAACACAGAUUAAGUCCACUGGGCAGCAUGUAAACUUCACUUUAGGCAAGUUGCCGCCUUGCUUUGAUUCCUAUUUUGUUUGUAUGAGGUCGGCAUAAACUUCUUGAUUGCAAUGAAAUCACAAAUAAGUAAACGUGAUGGUAAACGUGAGGACAUUUAUUUGAACCUCCUAGCCACAUCACUAGCAGAGCAGGCAAAUGGUGUUCCAAGAGUCUUUGCCCCUCCCAGGGGCUCUCUGGCCCCUCACCCCAGCCCUUCUGCAUGGCUGGCCACUGUGCCCAGAGCAUGGCAACUGGUGGGCAACCAACCCAAACCUGCACUCACCCCUGCUCCAGAGAAGGAUGCCAGAAAUCCCUUCUUCCACCACCCUUUUCCUUCUAUAACUACAGAGAAGAAACAUAGCUCUUCUGCAUAUAUUAUAAAUAUUUAUCUGCCUCUUUCUACUGACAGGGAAGUCUUCAGGUCAGGGUGGAGACAGAGCCAUCUGGGCACCCUUUGCCCUGGUCUGCUCCUCAGUGCCCAUUUCCCACUGUCCCAACCACUGGACCUUUGGUCUCCGCUUUAAUUAGAACUCACGCUUGUGUUCUUGGCAUUUCAGAGCAUAUUUUGGAUUUUCACUGUUGGGAAACGAAUGAAUGUAUAGCCUGUCUUCUCCAUGACCAAUCGUACCUGUCCCUGUAGCCCUAGAAUCAGGAGUACAUGCAGGUGGUGGACAAAGGGACCCCAAGGGUUGAGGGGGCAGAUGACCUUCGAAGUGGAAAGCAAGAAGCAGGGCACAGAAACACUGGGAGGAGAACAACAGAGGACAGUUUCCCCCAUCUCCUCAGUAGAAACUGAACACACGCCCUAAAGUACUGACAGCUGCCGUGAGCAAUCUGCUAUAUCCAGAAAGUUAAACAUGAUGUUGACAUCCAGUUUUAAAAGAAUUGACAUCCAGUUGAAAAGAAUUCCAAACAUUUUAAGAAAAUGUCCUCUUCUUUAUUGAAAAGGUUUCCUUUCUUUAUAGUCAGUGUUAGGUUUAGGUACCUCUAAACCCAAAAUGUCCUGAGUCUUAAGGCCAAGAAGGGAAAUGCUGAGUCACCGACUGUGGAGGAUGGAUUCCCACCUAAAUUUGGACAGAACCAGGCUGCCUUUGGGCAUGAAUGCGAGCACCUGGAGCCCUUAAUAAACCACCAGCCCGGAGGCUCUUUCUCUCCUCUCUGCUUUGGUUGCCAAAUCAGAUUUUGGGAGAGCUUAACAUAAAUACUUCUGGGCAGCUGUUAGUGGUUAAAAUGGCACAGUCCCUCUAGGAAUGGCUGUGCUAAAUUAGGAACUAAAACAAUAGUGUACUUGGCUUCCUGGCUCUUUGUUUUCAGAGUAUCCCUCAUCUUAUUGGGCAGUGAAAUAAUUUGGCAUGUGAUGCAUUGACUGGGAAAACUAACCCUUCACUUACAGGUGACUCUGAAAUGAAGAGAGCUUGAGGGAAGCAAGCCAUGCAAUUAACAGGUGAGACUCAGAAAAAUUGUCAUUCCUUCCUCCCCAAGGUGAUAAAACAUUUUAAAUACCAGAGAACCCAUCAAGGUGAAACGCUGAAGGACUGCCAUGCAAGGAUUACGGUCUCCCCCCCGAAAAAAAAAUCUGACUAUAAUUAGCAAAGCAAGGUAUAUGUCUUUAUUGCACACCUAGAAAGAUGGCUUAAAUGCAGAGAAAAAAAUUAGAACUGAAUGUGCAUUAGGCAUCCUGGCUAUUUGAUUUCAUUUGGGAACUAAGCCUAUUUAUAGAAAAGAAUCACACUCAGGUUGUUUUUCUGUUUUGUUGUUGUUUUUGUCAAGGACUUAGCUCUUUCUUGAAACCUUCUGAAUUAGAUUUGUUAAUUACAAUGUGUAUGUUCUGUGUUUGGGCCUUCCUAUUUUUAUCUUAUUUUGUACAUUAAAAUAUCAUUCACAUUUUCUGGGAUUUAAUUAUAUUUCCCAACUUUUUUGAAAAGUAGAUUAAACAGCCUUUGCAGUAACAUGCACACAACAGAAGACAUUAGAACAGAUGCCUUUCUAUUUAUUCUUUCAUGCAAUGAAGCCAUCGUAUGGCCAAAUGACUAAAUUGGGCUUCUAGGAGGAGCAGCUGUCACCACGUGUGAUGAAUAAUAUUUAGCCAGGCCCGACUCCAGGGCUGUGUGAUUUGUCCUAUCUUUAAAUUGAGGUCAGUGUCACACACACACUCUCUCCCCAGAGAGGAGGGGAGACUGGACUAAGUUGCAUGCUCUGGCUGUCAUUUCAGUGAAAAUGCCCAUGGGACUUGUCACUAUGCCAUACAGUAAGUGACACACAAGCUGGCAGGUCAUACCCGGUCAGCACUCCAUGGCCUGACUCAAAAGUGGCAGAAUCCACUGAGGUGCGGUCCUGGUCUAGUAUUGCAGUCACAGUGCCAACUCGGGCUUGAGUUUCCCAUUCCAGCUGACACUGCAGAAGGAAAAGACCAGCUAUUUCGUGUGUUUGGUCUGAAUUCAGCUACUUGCUGGCCCAUGUCAGCAAGGGUGGCUGUGGAAAGUACACCUCGAGAAGAAAGGGUGGGAGAGCAGAAUAAACCAUUUCUGCUUGGCUGUCUGGAUUAGCACUCCACUGCUGAGCAGAAUGGACUUUGAAAUAAAUUUGGGAUGUCUCCAGGCAAAAUAUUCCAGGCAUCAUAACCCGUGUCACAUCCUCCCAUCUUCCAACACACAUGCAGACGUGAUGGCCUUUUCUGGGUAGUAUAGCACACAAAACCUGUGCUGGAGAAAGCAGAAGCUAUUUCUUUAACACUCACAGAGUAAUAGCCUAGACCGUGAACCCAGCUUCAGCAGAGCAGGCUGAGAACUCUGUUGACAUUUUCUUUUCCUUGACAAGGCUUCAGGUCUUGCUGUAGGGAACUGGCAGUGAAAAUCAGUAAUAACUUGUCAAGAAGCAGUGAAUAACGGGAGGAAAAUGUGAGUAUAGGUAACUAAUGCCUGAAAAUGCAUAUGUACGUAUAUAUUACAGGUUUUAAGGUUGAAUUUUUAAAAAGGAACGCUAUAGUCUAUAAUCUCCAUUUGUUAUAACAAUGACUCUUUAUCUUAUUUUUUUUUUUUUUUUGAACCACGAACAAGAGAAUUUUCUAUCAUAUGCCUUUUCCUAGGGAUUUAUGUCUUAAACCAUAAGUUGAAUAGAGUGUUUGCAAAACUGUGCUAUUUGGUUUUGAACAUGUGAAAGAACUGCACACAUUUCAGCCAGGGUUUGAAUUACUGCUCAGGGUCAUUGUCCCAAAGUAAUUCAAGGAGUGAUUUAGCUUCAGCAUUUGAAAUGUAGCCUUCAUCUCCUGGGAUCCAUAAAAAAUGUGAACAGGGAAACUGUGGUUAAGCAGAGCCUGAAUAAUAACUUGGCAGAGAAAUGAGUUUUAUCAGGUCGAAUCAGAAGAUGGUAUACCUCAUCAUAGCCCUUAAAUGCUUUCUCCAUGCAAAUGUUUAAAUUAGCAAAUAAUGACAGAGAUUGUGAAAAUGCAGCUUUUCACCCCAAAACCCCCCAAAAAGAAAAGCAGGAAUCAGUUGGCUUUGUGACUGGUUCUUCAUUGGCUCAAGGCAGUUUUACUCAGUAUAGCCUUGGGGGAGAUAAUUUAGCCUCCUACUAGCCAUUUUUCCUUCUUGAAGGGCAUGGAAGAUGGAAGGGUUUCAGUGGAUCACAGAGGUGAGAUCCAUAAUGGCAUUAAAAGUAGUCCCGCAAGGAAUACACCUGGAAUACUCAACUUGAUGUGCUGUAUUCUUCAUUUAUGUCUUCUCAGCAUCUCAGAUUGCCCAACCAAACACACUUCCAUUCUCCUUCCCCUUAAAAGACGUUUAUUUGAUGUCAAACCUCCAAGUAAUACUCUAUUUAAUGUGCUUUCUUAGUUUGCUGGGUAUGAGUGAUUUGUGAAUGAGGGAUGCAGUCUUCAGUGAGAAGAAAAGGCUUCUGAACCAACAUAAAUCUAAGUGGUCAGAAGCUACAAAACAAAUGGGAAGCAAGAAAGAGGGGAAGCUCACCCUUCACCCCACCCCGAGCACAAUGCAGAGCUGUUAACUCUGACAAACACCUCUGCUCCCUGACUGAGGGGAGACAAAAGAGUGAUUCUUUUUAUACCCAGGCUGGCUCAUUUUCAAAUGACAAUCUCUUGCCCUCACUGCCUCAGUGAUAUCUGCUCUUUCUCCCAGGCAUUAAACCAAGAAAAACAUGCUCACAAGAUUAGCCUGUAGGCAUUUCUUCUGACCUGGCUAAAGAAAGAAAGGAGACCUGUUUGUUUUAAACACCAGGAACAAAGUGUCAGGUGGCUUUGAUUUAUGACAGAAAUAGGAAGAAGAAAGUUGAGGUAAUAGCACUAUCCAAAUAACCCUGCCCAGGAAACUUGGGGGUCAAGAGAGCUUAUCAAAAAAUCUUAUACACAAGCUCUUCGGUGUGGAAGAGAAAAGGUCAGAAAGAGAAAAAGCCCCUUUGAACCCACUUUGCUUUGGGUUUGGCUUCAGCUGCAGUCCUAAAAACAGGUUGGCAUGCAGCUACAGGUAGACUAGUCAACACCAAAAAAAUUUUAAUUUAAAAAGAUAGUUUCUCUCUUUCCAACAAGUUCCUUGCCCAAGUAAAUACUUUUUUGGUUUUUCAAACAUUCCUACUGCCCCUCUCCCAUGUUACCAGUGGUGACAAUUCAGAAGGAGCUGUGCUGCCUCCUUCUAAGCCUCCCUCUGAAGGGCAAUGCUAGGGACGGAGCCCUGCCAGCCAUUCUGUGGCUGGCGUGCCUGCAGCUCCCGGGAUUGCUGUUUGAAUGUACUAUCUUUGUGGUGUCUUUCUCAGACAAGCAAAGCCCUGUGCUCUCCUGUCCACUGUCACAUCUGUGCUCAGAUUGCUUAAAUAUUGUUUGCGACGGGGAGGUUUUAAUCUGGUUAUGCAGAGAGAAGCAGGGCUGUGGGGGCAUGUUUAAUUGGCUCCCAGCAGAGCAGUGAGCGCUUCUAUGGAGUGUGGGGAUUUUUUCUUCCCUCCCUCUAGAAGUGUUACCGUUUUCACGUCCUAUUAAUGUCCUCUGGUUGUUAAAUUACAGAAGCACAUUAUAGUGGAGCUGGGUUCCCUCCUGGAGUGAAUACAAAUGAAGGGCAUUUACUUGUAUUUUUAGAGGUUUUGGGAAAAUGUAGUGAUUUGUGGCUUUGAUCAAUCCUGUUGACUGGUGUAUGUCUGCACAAACCUGUUUCAAAUAAAUCUUUUGUUGAAGUAAACGA